CUGAAUUAGGAGCAGAGAAUUGCAGCUAAUAGCAGUGGCUUAGGCAGAGCCAUGAUGUUUCUGAUCUUGGGCCUCACUCGGAAUCUGGACUCUGAAGAAAUUAAAGGGAAGAUGUGUGAGGAUAUGAUCUCCAUACGGAACUUUCUCAUCUACGUGGCCUUGCUGCAAUGCACUCCCUUUAUCUUAAACAUAUUGGGCAGCUUGUGAAGAUUGCUCACCACAUAUGAAUGCCUAACGUGAAGAGCCUGGUUACAGUUUCUAUUCCUACCUGCACAUGGAUAGGCCCAGCAGGAUUUAAGAGACUUUGAAUAGAUAUAAGAUUUUUACUUUUUUUUAAAAAAAAUUUAUAUUUAUUUAUUUUCCCUUUGUUGCCCUUGUUUUAUUUUUUAUUGUUAUUGUUGUUUACAAGAGUAGUUUAUUUACUUUUUUUUUUUUUUUAACCAGAGCACUGAUCAGCUCUGGUUUAUGGUGGUGCGGGGAUUUGAACCUGUGACUUCAGAGCCUCAGGCAUGACAGUC